AUGGCGUCUCCACGCCUGCGGCCACCGUGCGCUGCUCCCGAGCCAUUGUCUUGGCUUCGGUUUCUUAUCUUGCUGGUUCUGCCGCUAACUGCGUAUUUUUCCGGGUCAGCUGUGGCGUUGAGAGUGAAGCACCGUGCGCUCGCUUAUCGGCAUGCAGAUCCGCCAGCGGCAUUGGUUCCGGCGGACACACCGCUAGCGUGGUUACAGGCGGAGUCUGUUCCCGCUCGCAACGAAUCCUCGACUCCAGGAGAUAAGAGCAGGCGUGGAGGCGCAAAAAACACACAAGAAAGCAAAAAUGUCUCGAGCGGAAGCAGUGCAGCCUCCAGCGGUGCCUCAGAACAUCCCGAGGACGGCGCCGCGCCGAGAAUCACUGAGGAGUACUUGAAGCAGCAGGCCGAUCUGUUCAUAGAGUGUGACAGCCAGAACAAGCCGUUCCCCGCGCCCGACAGCUUUGAUAUGGACACGUUCAAAGGCCCUGCACCGGAUGCGUUGGAAAAGGAUGUUGCAGAACAUACCUCGACGCGUCAACUGACAGAGCUGGCGAACAUGUACUUCGAUGACGUGGCUGCGCGACUCAAGCGUCACAAGAGGGAAGUGACAGCUCACGGAUGGGAGUUCGACAAAGGGACGCGGAGACAGAUUGAACAGGACAUGUUGAAUUCCCAGUUGUGCUGGAAACUCCGCCCGUCCGAGCCGCCGCCGCCUGAAGGGCCUGUGAUAGACGGGCUCAUGCGCGUUUUCCACCGUCUGGGGCGCGCCUUCAAGCGCACGACCCGCGGCACGAAAGUUGUCGCGGUGAAAAUACGCAACUGGUUCCGGAGUCAGCGGGGUCGCAAGAACGGCGGGACGCAAAAGUACUCGCGGGCGGUGAAGUUUCUCAAGAACAUGGGGGCGCUGGUCAAAGAGAAGGUCAUUGUCCUCGCCAAAAAGAUCAUUGCCCAGGUCAUCCGCUACAUGCCAGCGAUUCUUCUCUCAGUCAACACAUUCUUCGUCGCGACUGCUGUUUCGACACUCGUCGCCACACCCGCCGCGCCGCUGGCCGUGCUCACCUUAGUCGCGAGCGUCAUUGGGUUUCUUUCCUUCGCGAUUUCAAAGGGUACGGAGCUGAACCAGCAAGUCUUCACGCAGAACGUCUUCAGCGACCUUAAUACCAACCAGUACCAGACUUUCGGCCUCGUCUGGGCUCAGCUGCGCGCCGAGGAGGCGGUGCAGAUGAGCGCUUCCGAGGCUGCGCCGACGGCGGAACCCGAGGCGCCCUCCGGGAGCCAUCAGAAAUCAGCUGGCAAAGAGACUACAGCUCCAGCUGAGGAGGAUGAUACGUGGGGGGCGAUCAAUGAAGCUCUUGUCGGCGCGCGAGAGAUGGCAGAUGGACAGACCGUCGUAGCCACGAGCAUUGACCCGGAUGCUGAACUGGCUGGGAAAGAAAAUACGCCGCCUGGGGAACCUGGCGCUGUCCCCCCCAACAUGGCGGAACUCGAAAACAUCCGGCAGAGGAUGAAGAAGAACCUGACGCAAAGGAAGGCAUCUGUCGUGUUCUCAAAGCACCACGCAAACAUCCGAUCAGCAUGGCGCGAAAAACGGUUCAAAGGCCUUGGAAAAAUCCUAAUCACGUCUCUGCGGAUGUUCUUCGACUUCUUCAACUUCGCUGUCUCGCUUCUUUUGCGAGCCUUUGGCAGUGCAUGGGUUUACCUUGUCGAUACUGCCCUGAGGAAGGCCACGCGCUUUUUUCGAAUGCUCAAGUCCUUCCAAUUGGUCGCAGCGUUUUUCGAGAAGAUGCAGGACUUUCUUCGGUGGCUUUUCGGGCGCGCUCGGUUCUACUUUGACUUUUUGGAUCCGUACCGGAAUCUGCUGUCUUUCCUCGUCGUCAAUCGGAUUGCGUUUACCCAGCUCACAACAGGCACCAUGCUCAUCAGUUCUUCCAGCGGACUCCUCUUCAUGGGGACUUUCCUGUGGGCGGUCAGCAAGCCCUUGUGGUCGUGGUACCUCACACGGAAAGGCAUGGUGACUGCGGAUCUCCUACAGAAGGCGGAGGAUGAGCUUGCAGAAGACGCCCGCACCUACAAAAGUUUCCUCCUGGGCUCCUCCGCCCUCCGGAGUCUAGAUGCCGGCGUCGCUCCGUUCGACUUCCCUAGAAUUUCAGAGACGGAGCUCGUUGAAAUCGUUUUUAUUAUGAACUUCCUCGACAUGUACAAAAUUCCGAACCUGCCGGAUGCCAGCGUCUUGAGCAGUACAUCUCCCAGUCAGAGCCUCCUGCUCUACCAGCGGAUUCGCACACUCGAUGACUUCCGCGCCAAACUGAGCCCUGCGAACAGGUCUCUCUUCGAGAACACGUUUUCUAACCUCAAGACUUGGGACUCGGGAGAAAGCCUGCACCAGGUUCACAACCUCCUGAUGCGAAACAUUCAACACUGCGCUCUGCAUUAUGGAGAAGUGUCUUUCCGGAAAGCGAUUGAGGCACGGUGCCGCCAGAUGUCCAUUCAGAAACGCAGCAGUCCCGAGCAGCUGGCGUGGUUCGUUCACCUGUCACCACGAAAAAGGCAGCUCUUCUCAAAGAGAGUUUUUGACGCCUUGAAACUGUACCCGCAUUCGGUUUCGAAUGCUGUGUACAUCAAGCGCACCGUCAAGUUGGCCUUGGGGACGGUGACUAAGAAGCAGAUAACAGAGAAAAUGGCAACGUGGGCGGGAGCUCUCGUCCACCACACUGCGGUCAAUACCAUGGGGAAGCAGAUCAUUCUUCAACUGUACAAGGAUGACAACCACGUCGUUGACAAGACAAGCAUCCGCGUCGGCAACGUGCCUGCGCAUUUGUUUCCGUACCGCGAAGAACUGGUGCUUACCUUGAAGAGGCUUCUCACGUUUGAUCCGCCAGAGCGCGCGUUGAUGCGUAGAGACGCUGGCGUGCAGGAGCGUUUCGAGAGGAUCUUUCUGGCGGAGAGUCUGACCGGUCGGAGUUCGACAGGAACCAGCAGAGGCGACCAAAACCAGUCAAAUGGAAUCAACUGUGAGCCAGUGAGACCUGAUGUCGAGGUUUUUCCUGAUAUCCAAGAAGCUGCGUUGACGUUCCGCUCGGACGUGCGCGAAUGCAACGAAGCUGCCACAUCCUACUUUCUCAAGAACCAAAUUGAUUCUUCUUUCAUGCUGGACAUGCGGCGUGAGCUCUACAGCAAAGAACCUGUCGACUGCGCACCCUUCCGUACUCCUGCUUUGGAGGCCCUAGACAUUUUGGCAGAUGAGGUGGCGGCCGCAGAUCCCGCCCACGCCGUCGACAUCGCCGACCGGGCUCUGGAGCUUGUCGUUGACGAACACCCUGCCGUGGCUAGCGUAUUCUUCAAGUACGCGAGACACACUGUGACUGCGGCGGAGCGAAAAACACUCGCAGGGAUAUUCAAGCUCAUCCAGGUCGUUAGGAAUUUCACGCGAAGAGAAGAGUUUCUUCGGGUGAUGACCAUCUUCCUCAACGAGGCGAGCCGAACCCACCUUCGAAGAGAGAUAGGCGAUGUCGCCGGCUCUGCGGUGCUGACUGAGAUCUACAGUAUAAUUUCACGAGAUAGUUUCUAUUCCCGUAAAGCAGUCGAAGAACACAUUUACAGCCGCCUUCGCGGAGUCGACUUUGAUAUCGGAGAAGAAGAAGCAGAGAAAGCUCUCUGGCACGGAGUCAAGUCCCACUUCGCGCGGGCCUUCAUGAGUACCAUGCGUUCAUUCAGGACAGUUCGGCAGCCAACUGCAGGGCAUAUUGUUGGCGCGGGCCUUCGAACAGCGGCUUUCAUGUACACACAAAGCGAUGCUGAGGUGGCUGAGGCGAUGAAGAAGGCCAUGCAAGCGAUAUUCAAGAAAGCACGCACGACUGUCGAGCUUCCCGCCUAUUCUGUCGAGGAUGCUGGCGAGUGCCUCAUUUGCGAAGCCGUGGACAAACUCCUGCGGCGGCUGAAAAGCAAGGAAUCGGAUGGCGGGGAUUCCACCAACGCAAAUCAGACUGUUCUUGGGAUCAUCAACAAGGUGCAAGCAGCAUACGAGAGGCAAGCUGACUCUCUCGGAAGAUACUUCAGAUGGGGAGAAUGGUUUCCUCAACGCCACACCUGCUUACACUGGUCGGACGAGCAGAUUCGUCUUUUGAAACUGGAGCUUUCUAGUAUAGUGGAGACCCUUCACCAAAAGAAAGGGCUAUGGACCAAACUCCUGAGCCGCCUGAGGAAGCAGUGGGUGCCACACGCGAACGCUGGCGGCGCCGUUGCCUCUGACCUUCUCGAUCGGCUGCGUGACAUGAAUCUCUAUGGUGUCGAAGGCCUGGAUUUCCGCCUUGCGAUCCGCUACGCCUACAAGCCUUUCGUUGCAGAGAAGUUCAAGGAGGAAGCGGCAGAGGCUUGGGCCCAUGCAGAACGACAGACGAUGAUGAAAGAAUCCGAGAAACUGGUGGAAGCUCCAGAAGGCGACGAGAAAGGCAAGUCAAAGCUGGAAGCGUCUUUUGACGGCGAUAUCCCGCCUUAG